AUGCGUGUGCGCUUCGUCAUUCUAGCCACUUUGGCCUCUCUGCUCGCAAGUACCGACGCCAAGUCCACAGACUCCGUUGUCAAGAAGAAAAUCACAAUCACGAACCCAGACGCCAGCGAAGCGGUUGAGGGGGUGUAUCUCCAACAAGGCAAGAACAAAUACGUGGUUUUCCGUCUCAGUGACGACGAAGAUGUGCCCAAAGAGGAACUCCCUGAGGACAACUCAGAUUUGCACGGCAAGGAAGAGCGAGCCGUUGGUGUGAGCGCUGGCACGACGACGAAGCUCAAGAAACAGUUUUCAGGGGAGUAUAAUACGUGGUGGAACAAGGUUCUCUGGCAUUUAUUCCGCAAGAUCACCCCGGAAGACUACCGUCCUCACUAAAUCGGCCUGUAACAGUCUCAGGUUACUUAGAUUGCAAACAAAUUGAGUAUCUCGCAAUGCAUGUUAUAAUAUACGCUUCACAUCAAA